CUCGAGGUCAGAAUGUCCUAGCGUUUUGUAGGUGGUUAUCAUGUUCAGAAGUUUGUGUGAUGAUUUAAUCUCGAUAAUUGUGGACAUUUAUGAGGACAAAAGUUUUUGUGAUCAUCAUGUGAAAGCAAUAAAACAUAUCGAAUUGGCGGUGAAUGGGCUUUACGACAACCUACAUAAAUUGAAUUGGUUUUAUCAUCGCCUAAGAGUCAAAAUUAUCCUGUAUACAUUCAAGCUUAGUGAAUCUGUGGAUGCUGAUAGAACUCCAUAUUGUUCUUUCAAUACAUUUAAGUACGAGUUACUAACCAGUUCCAUUCAAAGUUCUUACAUCGAAUUCUUCAGAUUCUUUAGAAAAGACGCUUUGUUUAUUGCAGAAUUAUUACAUUACUUCAAGUUCACUUCGCAAGUAUUUGGGAUUCUGUCACGUUCAGUGUGUUCAGCAAUAUGUACAGACCCUAUAAAUCCUCCCAGUAACUUUAUUCAUCUUACAGUUGCUCAUUAUUUACAACAGUGUCUAAAUGAUACGAAGUGUGCAAUGUAUUCUAAGUCAGAGCUAGUUCUCAUCGUGCAUUUACUCAUAUUCAGUUCUCCAGAUGUCCGUUCAUUCUUAAAUUCUGUUUUACAAAAUGUGAUAUACAGACUUACAAACAGUAACUGUAAUCCUUUAUUCAACAUGUCUGAAUGCAAUGAAAAUUCCAAUGAAUUCACCGGUAAUGCUUUGCCAAGUCCUUCCACAGUUAUGCUCAUUAAUAUCAUAAUUAAUAGUUUAACUGAUAAUAUGUUACUAUUCCCUCAAUCAGUCCUUAUAUUAUUGGGCAAUAUGCGUCUUAUUUGGUCUACUGCCAACCUUUCUCAGAAAGCAGUUAUGCGCGCAUCCGUGGAUUUUGUUUUCAAAGACUUCUUUGCGAAUGCUUUGGAAAAACCUGCGUUAUACAACAUCAACAUAGGCUGCACACCUAGAUUUUUCCAAAAUUUAGAAAGAAUCAUUCAGGUUAUCUCUUCCAUAGUUAUCCAGGAUGAGGAUCACUCAUUAACUGCCAAUGUAAUUAAUCAGGGCAAUCUGACAAUGACCGAUAAUGAAUGUACAAAAAUUAAUUAUAAACAACUGCAAGGAUUUACUCAAUUUAUAUUGGAUGCUGCUGAUUCUAUGGCCUUCCCAAAUAGUUUAUUUGAAAAGUGCUCGCAAAAUUUGUUAAUUGUGGGGAAUGAGCUUCAACAUCUUGAAUCGGAUGAUUGUGUUUUAAAGGAUUCAUCUAAAUGUGGUAUCUCGAUAACAUCUAAUGAUUUAAAUAUUUUAAUUGGGUGCAUUCGUAUAUUCUUACGACAGAAUCCGAACUCUUACCAAUCUUUCAAAAUAAUUGAUCUUUUACCGCAUAAUGUUCCAGGUGCUACAAUGGGAGUAGAACUAUCUACGGAUAAUGCUUCAUCUGGAGACUCACCAAGCUCAGGCAAAAACGUUAUGUCUGCCAUUUUGGUUGAUAUAUCAGAAAAUAAUGCUACUAAAACUCUAACCCGUGAAAUUAAAAGAUCAAGCAGUAGUACACCAUCACCGCUAAGGCGACGCAGUCGUUCAUUAAAUCGUUUAUUAACUGGAAAACAUAACUCUUCUAGUCAUUCCAAAGACAUUCAUAAUGAUAAUGCCGACGUGGAAAAUUCAAGUCUAUCGGGGAAAAGCGUUAGUUCUAAUAAUGAAAAUUCGGAAAUUGUCUAUUCAUUUGAUCUAAAUCCAUAUGAACACUCUCAUCAUCACAAGAUACCUCCGGAAAGUAAAAUCGAUCGGUCAUGGAAAAUGGGUAUUGAUAAAAGUAAAACCGAUUAUUUGGUGGACCGAUCUACGAGUUCUCAUGCUGAUGAUGCAGAUGUUACAAUGAAUCAUGCUUGUUCAAAUUUAAUCAGGAAAUUUGCUUUAAAGGACAUUCAGCAUACUGGCGUAGGUAGUGGAACUGAUGGAUCAAGUCAUCCACAUUUUGGUCUGUAUAAUCCUGUCAAUGGAAUUCAUGUCAUUGGGAAUGCCAAUACGGGGAAUGGACAUUGUAAUACAUUUGAAUCUCAUUGUUCCCCAUUGGAUGAUUUUACCAAUAACUUACAAAAGCAAAAGCACUCAUCGAUAGGCCUUUCUCAGGAUCGCUUUUUGACUGGUCAGCGUUCUAGUGAUGAAACUGCCUCACAAAACUCUGAUCCAAGUGGGUGUACAAGUUUAGCUAGCAGUGCUUGUGCUCUCGGACGACGUUUAGAAACAGCAACAUCUGUGGAUGAAUCAUUACGAAAUAAAAAUGUGAGUGAUUUACAAUUGAAUCAAGGAACAUCCCAUCCUACUUCAGUCUCUGGCCCUUCAGUUAACUCAUUAUCACAUGUUUCUUCAUUUUCACCGCCAGCUUCCCCAAAAUAUAGUUUCAGCAAUUCACAGAAUGAAGGCAUCAACGACCGCACAACACAUUAUGUGGCAUGUAGUUCAUUGUCUCGUGGGAUCGAAAAACGUACUCGAUUUUCUGUGUCAGUUGUGCCUAGUAAUACUUCAGUUCGAGGGUUUGGAAAUUCGGUUUUUAUGCCUAGCCAUGGGUUUACGGUUCAGUCUAAAAUAUCAGAAACAAGUUGUGAUAAUAAAAGAUCCCUUGUUCACUCUUCAGUUGUUAGGUGUAGUUCAAUUGAUCUCUCUCAGUCUGGUUUAAUCAAUCAUUCAAAUUCAUUGACCGAAAAGAAAUACAAGUUUGAUGGGCAUAAAUCUAACCUCGAUUUUGGUUCAAUCAUACCUGUACCAAACAAAAUGUUACUAAGUGAUAAUAAAUCUACGAUUCACCCUCGAUGUUCUUCCCUUACUUCUUUGUGUGUAUCUACUGGCAUCUCUGCACUUCCAGCUCAUCGUGUACGUCGGCACUCUCAAAAACUCACAAGUACUUCCAACCAGGAUAAUGAAGGUCAAGGUACUUCUAGUUUCUCAGUAGAUAGCGCAUCAAGUGACAGUGACAAUGACAGCGGUUUAAUAGGAGCGGCAGUUUCUCAGCAUAGUACUGCUUCGUCUUCAUGUCAUCUGAAUUCAUCAUUCAUACAAUCAUACCAAAAUUCACAUGAUCAUACUGAUGUUAGAGAAGUUGAUGAGCAGUCCAGUUUAUUAACAUGUUCAUCAUGUGGAGUACGUUUAGGCGAAGAUGUUAUUCCGGAUCCAAUCCCUGAAAACGUUGAAUCGCAAGAUGUUGAUAUUACCAGCGAUCAGAUUGAAACACAAAUCGAUGAACAGUCUAGUUAUCCAAGGGACGAAGAAGACGCUCUUUCUGAUUUACCUCUUUCAUCAGCAAAUAUAUCUGGCCGUGUAACACCGCUAUCUUUAACUAGUGCAACCUCUCGUGGGGGUCAGUUGACUCAGUCAAUCAUCCAUGGUACGGAAAAUAAUUAUCGUGCAUCAGGGAUGUUUUCUCCAUCUGGUCUUAUCCUUCCUACUGGAACAACACUGCCAUCCAAUGCAACCCAUUUAGGACUUACACGAUGUAUUCCUAAUGAUUUUCCGACAACGAUGUUUCAAAGGCACUGUACACCGGACGUUACUGAAAAGUUUAAUAAAUUCGACUUACCUCCAAAUCGAAUGACAGAGAAUGAGACCAGAUCUACUGUCAGUGAUACAUGGUCUACUGAUGUACUUCCUUCGGAUACAGAAUACACUGAUCUCGGUCAAGAAUUUUCAAAUUCACAAUCGAAUUUAAAUCCAGAUGCAGCUGGUAGACGUCCUUCUAAUCCUGGUGUGGCACGUGCCUCUCAUCGACGCGGUCAUCGUCAUCAUCAUAGAAGAGAACCUAUUUCUGAGUCGUUGAUCACUGAAUCUUCUGAGAAUAAUAACCGAUCAUUAAACGUUGCUUCGGAGUUGGAUAACAUGGAAAUUCAAUCAAGAGUUCAUUCCGAUUCUCCAUUGAAUAUCGUAAGAAAUACAGAAGAAAGUGAGACUAAUUUACAUGACCUCAACGAUGAUCCUAUCCAUCCCAUAGUUACGAGUAGUGCUCCAGUCAUUUCUCAGUGUCACGAUGAUCUUGAUGCUUUAUCAAGACCUGUGAAUUCUAAUUAUUCAAAUCAACAUUGUUCUGUAUCAAUGGAGUCUACAAUAAACGCUAAUCACCAUACAUCAUCAUCUAUAACGUCUGCUAAAGUGUAUAACUCAUGUGAUACUGUUGAAAGAAUCAAUAAUGAUCCUAGAUCAUCUACAAAUGAUGGACGAUGCAGUGUGAAUACCAAUCGUAUGCAUGGCAGUGCACAUACUUUAAAAGAGAGUUUUUCACGUCUCAUGGAAAGAUUAGAUCUUAUGGCUCGACGUCCACGAAUAUCGGUGAACUCAAGUGUUCAUAAACAUAACCGUACAUCAUCCUCUCAACCCAGUGAAUCUCAGUCAAAUCUUUAUUCAUUUCUGCCGGAUUUAAUGGAAUCGGUCCCUGUGGAAUCAGGAACUUAUUCAUCACGUGAUAAUCAGCAAAUUUUAAGUGCAUCAUCUGCUUCCAUUCAGCCAGAUUCUAAUCAGUUGAAACAACAAACUGUUAAAUCACAAGAUUCAAGUCACUUUAAAGAUGACUGUGUGAGGAAAGAAGAAACUGUUGAUGAAAUGAUGGAACGUUAUCGUAGAAAAACACAAGUUUUUCCACCAAAUGAAUCAAUUUUUAAUCAUAACUCUGAUUCUCAGUCUACUCAUAGCAAACAUAUCCCUAGUACUUCAAAUUCAAACAAGGUGGUUGAUAAUAAUAAUAAUAAUAAUAAUGAUAUUGUUAGUAUUGAAAAUAUUAAUAGUCCUAACAAAGAUUUCGCUUCAUUGCAAUCAUCAUCAUCAUCAUCAUCAUCAUCAUCUUCGUCUGCCUCGUCAUCAUCAUCGUCGUCGUCUUCGUUAUCUCCUCAUUGUUCACAAUCACAUAAAUCAAUUCCUCAUUUGUUCAAUUUAGCCUUGAAUGGUUUACUGGAAAUAUUCUCUGAUUCAACAUUAAAUAUUGUUGCUUUGAAUACUAUUCAAAAACUUCAGUCAACAUGGCAAAUUACAUAUGAUAAUCGAUUGUUACCACAACAAGGUCAGGACAUCACUGAUGUAUUCAGUGAAAAUCAAAUCCUUUUCUCUUUGUUAAAUUCAAUGCUAGCUGCAUUAUAUGGCACACAGCAAAAUUCAUCAAUAAUUAACAUUUUAAUUGAAACAAGAAAUAUUUUACUCGAAUUAAACAAUCUAUUAGAAAGUCGUAUGAAUUCCAAUUAUGCAACAAUGAACAAUAAAACAACAAUUAAUAAUAAUAAUAAUAAUAAUAAUAAUAAUAAUAAUGCUACAGAGAAUAAUUUACAUCAAAAUUGUUGUCAAUUCAAUUUAUCAUGUUCUUUAACCAGAUGUUUAAUUUCUAAUCUUCGUCAAUAUCUUCGACAACAUCGAGUUUACAAAGUUCAAUUAAUAAAAAACUAUGAACAUUUAAAUAAACUUAAGUCAAAUUUAGAAUUGUCUAUAAAUUGGUUACAACAAUCUAUACAAUUUCAACAAGAAUAUAUUACCAAUAGAAAUUUAUCCGAAUUUAUUCAUCAACAUCAACAAUUAUUUAUUGAAUUUCAACAGAAAUUUACUACUGAUGAAUUAUCUUAUGAUUUAAAACGACAAGUUGAAAUGGUACGAAAACUUGUUACACAAUUAAUUAAUAAAAUGAAAAUGAAAUGGCGUGAAUCUUGUUUAAAUUAUUGUUUCAUUCCAACAAAUUUAUCAUUAUUAUCAUCAUCAUUAUUAUUAUUCGAUCGAUCAGAUUUAUCUCAAUUAACAAAUAAUGACAAUAUAGAAAGUGUAUCAAUUAAAUUAGAAAGACUUGUUAUGGAUGAAAUUUAUCCAUUUGUUAUAUGGAUUAAUAAUCCGAGCGUACAGAAAGAACGUGAUGAAUUAUUUCAUCGAGAAUUAGCAUUCUUACAAAAUACCAUAACACCAACAGAAUUACGAAUUUCCGAUGUAUAUCAUAUUGUUUUACCAUUAAAAUCAGUACAAAAUGAACUUCUACUGCUCGAUUGUUAUCAUACAUCAUCUGAUAAACUUCGUUGUUUAAAACGUGUAGUAAAUCAUGUUUUAGCUGCUUUAAAAUUAGCCAAUCCUACAUCUAUACCUUGUGCAGAUGAUCUUCUACCAGUGCUCAUCUAUUUAGUUAUACAUGCAAAUCCUCCUCGACUACUUAGUAACAUUGAAUUUAUAAACAAUUUUGCUGGUGAUAACUUAACUGGUGAACUACAAUAUAUUUGGUGUCAAUUUUGUUCUGCUGUUGCUGAGAUUCGACGUUUAAUGUCAAUCAGAUUAAUGAAUGAUAAUAAUAAGUUAAAGUGAUCAUAUCAAUCCUAUCGAUCAGUUUUAUGUAAUUCCAUUGUACUAAUGGUAUUUUGUUUUUUUCUUUGUACAGCAUCAAAUGGAUUAGUUUUUAUCCUUACUAUUAUUUUUCAUAUGAAAAAAAGUAAUCCUUAUACUAUUAUUAUUAUUAUUAUGAACAGGCAAAUUAUCGUGACAAGCAUUUGAUGCAUGUUACCGGUUUGGAUUUUUUUUCUAUAGUCUUUCCAUUGUGAUUAAUUUAAAAUAAUGAGGUACCUUUACACAAUUGGUCUUUCGUGAUAUUCAUGUGACGUUGAUGAUUUACUGCUAUCACUACUUUGAUUAACAAAAUUGUAUUCUGAUAAUCGUUCAUUAAACGACGUAUGUACAAUUUUUACAAAUAAAUUAUAAAUGAAAACUAUUCCUAUUGAACACUUG